AUGGCGAAUCGCCACCUGCGCCAAACAAAGAAGACCUACCCGCGCUACGACCUGCAGCUUGUGUCUACCGCCGCUUUGAUUGCAAUGUGUGGGCAUGAGGUCAUGGGCUUGAUCGCCACCUACAUGGGAGCGCAGCAAACGCAAGCCUUGAUCCCACACUUGAAGAGCCGGUGCCUGCCCAGUUUCCUGCUGGCACUGAUGUUCGGAGUGCUGGCCACGGCUGAGCGGGGCUUCUCGCGAUCUGAGUGGACCGUUGCGCAUGUGAUGCCCAGCGCGGACGGCCUGACAGCCGCCGGCCGGCCAGUAUACACCAUGCAGUACAUGGAGUGGGGCAUCAACGUGCCCAUUCUUUUCAUCUUGUCGGGCUACUGCAGCCUUGGCCGGCCCAUCUCCGAGAUCUCUCGCCCGCUGGUGGUGACCAACAUUUACGUGAUCUUUUGCUGGGCGGCCACUGCCACGGACUCAGGGCUCCUGAAGUGGCUGCUGAUCGCGGUGUCAUUCGCCAUGUACGCCUGGGCCUCUGUGGACAUGCUGGGUUGGGUCAGCGAGUUCGAGCGUGCGGCGCCCCGGGACUUGCCCAGCCGCAGCAUCCGGCCGUGGCUGUCCAACGGCCUGAUCUUGCACUUCAUGCUCUACGGCGUGGUGUACAUGUCCUCGGUGAUGGGGCUCAUUGAUGCCCAGACCGAGCGCAAGGGCUUCUUCGUGCUGACCUUCGGGGCUAAGAUCGCGUACUGCGCGGCCUUCGUGGUGGAGCGUCUCCAACUCGGCAUGAUCUCCAUCUGCGCGGAAGCUUCGACAUCAACCUCCCGUGCGUGCUUGGAUGGGGCCGGGCGCUGCAAGCUGCGCCCCAGAGCUCCGGACAUGGAGAAGUUGGAGAAGAUCUUGGGCUGCCACGUGGCGGGCGCCAACCUGAAGGACCUGCUGGCCGGAGAGGAGGACCGGGCCGAUUUCUCGGCCUACGUCCGCAACGUGGUGCGCCAGGCCGACAGCCCCCAAGCCUUCAGCGAGGCGACGCUGACCACCGGCGGCGGGUGGUCCUGCGGUGCGUCCAUGCCGCCCAUCGCGCAGGUCUUGCACAGCAAGAUGAAGGCCAAGGGCCCGCAGAUGAAUGCGACGCUGCACCUGUCCGUGGUGCCGCGCUCGGCCGUGGAGCAAUGGGAAGGAGCGGCACCUGGUGGCGCCAGCCCAGUUCUCGGCGACGGUGCCGGAGGACACGGAGGCGGCCCUGGGAACGGUGGCCUCGAGGCGCGCAUUGUGGGAGCCGUUGGAGCAACCACAAGCAAGGCCCUGGGCGCGUACAGCCAGCGCAUCGAGUUCCAGAACGACUGCAUCCAUGCGAGCAUCACCGUCAUGGGGCAGACCCUGGAGGGCCGCUUCCGCAUGAACUGCUCCACGGAGCCCUACCAAUUGGACAUCGAGGUGCUGGCCAAGGGCAGCAGCUGCCCGCCCCCUGCGAUCCCGUACAUCUUCAAGUUCCAGGACGGCCGUCUGCAUCUCUGCGGCCCUGCGGACGGGCGCAUGCACCGGCCCAGCAACUUCGACGGCCCGGGCCUUUGCGUCAUGGACCGCGCGGGCGGAUUGACCACCAUGCCGACCAUGCCCAAGUCCGAUCGCCGCGAUCGCCUGGAGACCCGCAGCGUGCGCAGCGCCGGCGUCUUCGAGCCGGACCCCGAGUUCAGCCGCAACUCCACUGAGGAGCCACCCCAGAAGCCUGCCCAGAUCGCUCAGAUUGCCGAGAAGCCUGCCCAGAAGCUGAGUGGAGUGGUGAAUUGGGUGGAGGAGAAGCCAGCAGUGGCGGCGUCAGCCGCCCUGGCCCUGACCAGCGUGAUCCUUGCCCUGCGCAAGUCCCUCUGCACUGAUGUUCGAGUGCUGGCCACGCUUUUGAGGUCAGCAUUGGCCGGCCGGCCAGUAUACACCAUGCAGUACAUGGAGUGGGGCAUCAACGUGCCCAUUCUUUUCAUCUUGUCGGGCUACUGCAGCCUUGGCCGGCCCAUCUCCGAGAUCUCUCGCCCGCUGGUGGUGACCAACAUUUACGUGAUCUUUUGCUGGGCGGCCACUGCCACGGACUCAGGGCUCCUGAAGUGGCUGCUGAUCGCGGUGUCAUUCGCCAUGUACGCCUGGGCCUCUGUGGACAUGCUGGGUUGGGUCAGCGAGUUCGAGCGUGCGGCGCCCCGGGACUUGCCCAGCCGCAGCAUCCGGCCGUGGCUGUCCAAUGGCCUGAUCUUGCACUUCAUGCUCUACGGCGUGGUGUACAUGUCCUCGGUGAUGGGGCUCAUUGAUGCCCAGACCGAGCGCAAGGGCUUCUUUGUGCUGACCUUCGGGGCUAAGAUCGCGUACUGCGCGGCCUUCGUGUUCAUCCGAGCGGACGAGUACCACAAGACCCUGACCGACGUGCUGCGCAAGGUGAGCGUCUCCAACGUCGGCAUGAUCUCCAUCCUGCGCGGAAGCUUCGACAUCAUCCUCCCGUGCGUGCUGGAUGGGGCCGGGCGCUGCAAGCUGCCGCCCCAGAUCUCCGGGGACAUGGAGAAGUUGGAGAAGAUCUUGGGCUGCCACGUGGCGGGCGCCAACCUGAAGGACCUGCUGGCCGGAGAGGAGGACCGGGCCGAUUUCUCGGCCUACGUCCGCAACGUGGUGCCGCCAGGUCUUGCAAGCAAGAUGGCCAAGGGCCCGCAGAUGAAUGCGACGCUGCACCUGUCCGUGGUGCCGCGCUCGGCCGUGAGCAUGGGAAAGGAGCGGCACCUGGUGGCGGCCAUCCAGUUCUCGGCGACGGUGCCGGAGGACAAGGAGGCGGAUCUGGGGACAGGCUUUGAGAGCUUCAAGCACGAUGAUGCCUACGCCUCCACGGGCGGCUCCACACAUCCCCCCACGGACUCCGGGUCUUCCGGCAUCGUGGCGAACCUGGCGGACCUCAACAAGCUCGGGGCGUCUGCUCUUCUGCACGGCUCGGUGGAGGCAAGCGACACGGGCUCCAUGUACUGGGGACCCUCCAUGGUCUCAGACGAGACCAUGUCGCACCUGGGGGCCUUCAUGGAAAAGGCGGCCCUGGGAACGGUGGCCUUCGAUGCUCGCAUUGUGGGAGCUUGGGAGGGCACCACAAGCAAGGCCCUGGGCGCGUACAGCCAGCGCAUCGAGUUCCAGAACGACUGCAUCCAUGCGAGCAUCACCGUCAUAGGGCAGACCCUGGAGGGCCGCUUCCGCAUGAACUGCUCCACGGAGCCCUACCAAUUGGACAUCGAGGUGCUGCCCAAGGGCAGCAGCUGCCCGCCCCCUGCGAUCCCGUACAUCUUCAAGUUCCAGGACGGCCGUCUGCAUCUCUGCGGCCCUGCGGACGGGCGCAUGCACCGGCCCAGCAACUUCGACGGCCCGGGCCUUUGCGUCAUGGACCGCGCGGGCGGAUUGAUUACCAUGCCGACCAUGCCCAAGUCCGAUCGCCGCGAUCGCCUGGAGACCCGCAGCGUGCGCAGCGCCGGCGUCUUCGAGCCGGACCCCGAGUUCAGCCGCAACUCCACCGAGGAGCCACCCCAGAAGCCUGCCCAGAUCGCUCAGAUUGCCGAGAAGCCUGCCCAGAAGCUGAGUGGAGUGGUGAAUUGGGUGGAGGAGAAGCCAGCAGUGGCGGCGUCAGCCGCCCUGGCCCUGACCAGCGUGAUCCUUGCCCUGCGCAAGUCCCUCUGA